AUCAAGAAGUACAAAAACAAACCGUUCUAAGCCGUCACUAUGGUUCUACGCUUCAUCCUCCGACACCUGGCCAACAACGAGCAACUUGUCCAACGCUUAUCCGAGAGCUACCUAGUCCGACGGUCGGCUCAGCUGAUUGUGGCCGCGAUGUACAGAACCAAAGCUAUCGCCCAGGAAAACAAUUUACACGAAAUGACCCCAGAAAGAUUUAGAUCAUUCCUUCGAUCAUUUCAACAAAACGUGAGGGAGGGAAUCGAAGAUGCCAAAGUUAAGUUGAAAGAGAAGAAAUUCUAAUCCCGCUUCCGUGGGACUAGCAAAUUAACUUUGUAGUGACUGAACGCUUCCUGAGCUGUAAUCUAAUGUUAUAAUUUAGAACAACCGAAAAAAUUAUUUAAAUAUUGAAAA